AUGGAGCUUCUCAACAAGAUCUGUCUCUUUGGCGCGCGUCAUUGCUUCUACACGCAAUCAGCAGCGGCCGGAGCGGCGUAUUGCUAUGCGGCUGUACUAGCUUAUACACUAUCAGUGAGUAUUCAACGUGCUCGACUGGGUGAGCACGGUCAUGCAACGCAUUUACUGCCGGUCAAGCGCAUGCGCUGGUUCCCAACUUUUCUUAGUUUUGCGUACUUUUCACGCAUCACGUGGCUCGUAUUGAACAAUAUGCACAUGUUUCAAUGGGUUGAAGGAUCUGAAUCUCAGUUUCACUAUGAGCACAUGGUGUUUGUUACGCCGUUGUUGCCCACAGACAUUGACAUUUACGUCCUUGGCGUCACAUCCUUUGGAAAAUUAGCGACGCUGCUUUAUUUCUCGGCCUUUACACUAUUGCUUCGAUUCUGGGAAGAUGUAAGGGCUCAAGCACGACGAGCAGAGAAGCCACUGGCUAGAGUAGCUGCAAACCAGUCAGUUAUUGCAGAGUAUACGCGUGGGGCAGGAGCGCAACGCUCUGGUCGAUCACGCAAGCUCUUUCUUGUGGCCAAUGUCUGGAUUUAUCUCGUAGAGUGUGCUCUGCUCGUGCUCAAGACACUCUUCCCGCGGGAGAAAAUGGUACUUUUUCAGAUGGAGUACGGCUUUAUGGCCUUGUGCUUUUUCCUACUGGCCGUCGUGUUGGCCAGGUGUGCACUGCAAUUGCGUGCGGUGCUGCUCAAGAUCGAGUUCUCCUCCUUGGCCGCGACGAUUGCGACAAGAUUGUCACUCAUUGGUGCCGUAUCUUCACUUCUUUUCUUCUAUCGCAGCUUGUUGCUGCUUUUUUCCAUGCCAGCAAUUAAUGUCUUCGAUCAUCACGUGUCAAACCCGUGGUUAUUCUACGCCAUUCCAGAGCUCAUUCCAGGGGCGUUGGUCAUCUAUAUGAUGAACGUCAAGAGACAACACCAAUCUACUCCUCUGGCGUGGGGCAUUACAAAGUCCGACGAGCAGACGCCGCUACUGCACGAGCUAAAAAGACUGUCCAACGACCUGCCACAGUUCCGUGGCCAGGAACUGCACAUUUAA